AUGAGCCUACUGGGUGGCUAUAAGAAAAAGCCAUGCAGUUAUGAUGGCUAUGAAUCUUUACAGUUGGUCGAUAGCAGCGGAGGCUUCAAUAACGGAGGAGGGAGACGCAGCGGAAUCGGUGGAGGCUUGGUAUCAGCAGCAACCCUAGGAGGACCGAAGGCAGGCCCACUGCGGGAGAACGACUGCAGCACCAUGGACAGCUCAGGUCCUCCAUCUCCAGAUAUGGACGCAAACUAUGGUGGAGGCCUGCUGGACAUGGUGAAGGGCGGAGCCGGCAAGUUCUUCAGCAACUUCAAGGAUAACCUGAAGGACACUCUAAAGGACACCUCCACCAAAGUCAUGCACCAGGUGGCCACAUACACAAAAGGAGAGCUGGACAUUGCCUACAUCACAUCACGAAUCAUAGUGAUGUCAUAUCCUGCAGAGGCUUUGCAGAUCGGCAACCAGAACCAUGUGGAGGAUAUGCGCUCCUUUCUGGACUCACGGCACGCUGACCACUACACUGUCUUCAACCUGUCACAGCGCAACUACCGCGGCGUAAAGUUCUCCAACCGGGUCUCAGAGUGUAACUGGCCAUCCCGCCAGGCUCCCAGCCUGCACAACCUGUUUGCGGUGUGUAAGAACAUGCACAACUGGCUCAAACAGAACCCCAAGAAUGUGUGUGUCAUCACCUGCUCGGACGGCCGUGCUCCGUCGGGUGUGUUGGUCUGUGCCAUGUUCUGCUUCUGCCACCUCUUCUCCAACCCAGUGCCCGCCAUGCAGCUGCUCAGCGCCAAGAGACCCGGCUCUGGCCUCUGGUCCUCGCACCGGAGGUACAUAGGCUAUGUGUGCAGUAUGGUAUCAGAGAAGCCCUCCCUGCCACACUCCAAGCCCCUGGUGGUCAAGGCAGUCACCAUGAGUCCAGUACCUUGUUUCAACAAACAACGCAUCGGCUGCAGACCCUUCUGUGAGAUCCUCAUAGGGGAGACCAAGAUCUUCUCUACUGCACAGGACUAUGAGAGGAUGAGAGAGCACAGGGUCCAGGAGGGGAAGGUCGUCUUCCCUCUAGGUGUGAAUGUCCAGGGUGAUGUGGUCAUUUCUGUCUAUCAUAUGAGGAACACAAUCGGAGGACGACUGCAGGCCAAGGUGUCCAACACCCAGAUAUUCCAGAUCCAGUUCCACACAGGCUUCAUUGCUCCAGGGACCACCGUGUUAAAGUUUACAAAGCCGGAGCUGGAUGCGUGUGACUCUCCAGAGAAGUACCCUCAGUUGUUCCAUGUGUUGGUGGACAUCGAGGUGGAGAGCACUGACAAGCAGAAGGACCUGACCCCUCCCUGGGAACAGUUCCCUAAUAAAGACCUCAUCCCCAACGUACUGUUCUCCUGUCACCAGGAACACCAGGACGCACUGGCCAUAGCAGAGCCAAGCCGGUCCCAAGGCGGUCUGGACGGUCGUCCUCACGGGGAGGACAGCGAGCCGUCUGAUGACGAGAUGCUGUCCCUUUCCAGCCAGCAAAGCCACGCUAGCGUAGAGAGACCUGGAGGGGCUCAGGCUGGCACCAGGGGCCCCAAGAGACCCGAGCAGCCCCACGCCCCCCCCGCUGCUCCUCCUCCUCCCCCAGAAGAGGUGGACCUCCUGGGCCUGGAUGGGGUGGCAGUGAACUGCCCCUCGCCCCAGCCCCCGACCACCAACACCACCACGGACCUCCUGGGGGAUCUGUUUGGGGCCUCCCCCCAGACAGGGAGUGGGCCCACUUCGGCCCAGUCCACCCCACAGAAAAUAGCUCCUCCCUCCACCCUCCCCUGCCCCUAUCCAGCGUUGGACCCGUUUGGGGCGGGUCCAAUGCCCAAGCCCCAGGAGCUGAUGGGGUCCUUCCUGGGUCCAGCAGGUAAUCUUGCUAACCUGGGGCAGUCUGGCCCCCUCCUGCAUGCAGCUCACUCUCUAUCCCCCACCAUGCAGAACACUGGCAUGGGCCGCAGCUCCCCAGUCCCGCCCACCACCCCUGUAGUCACUAUUCAGCAGCCUCCCAACGCCAUGGGAGGAUGGGACUGGAACAAACCUGCAGCUCCAGGUGGUUUCAGUAUGGGCUGCAAGUCAGCCAGUACCAGUCCUACUGGGUCGGUCAACAACACUCCCACACACCAGGCCAAACCCAACACUCUGGACCCCUUUGCUGACAUCGGAAACCUGGGGGGAAGUCUGGGAGGAGGAUCUGGGUUCUCCAGUAAGCCCACCACCCCUACAGGCACCACCCCUGCUGUCCCCCCCAUGGGCUCCCCCUCACGGCCUCCUCCCUCGCCCCAGCACGGUGGGGGCUGGCAGGCCAACACAGGCCUCCCCUCCUGGAAGCCCGGCGGUGGUGGUGUUGGAGGGCAGCCAGGGUGGCAGCCCCAACCCCAGGGUCAGAGUGGUCCAUCCCCCCAGGCCAAGCCCAGUACCAGCCACUCCAUGCCCCACACCUCCCCCUCCAACAGACCCAACUACAACAUCAGCUUCUCUGCCAUGGGAGGAGGAGCUGCUCCCAAUGCAGCCGGGAAACAACAGCCCAACAUGGGUACCAAGCCCAAAGUUGCAAUGGCUAACUUUGAUGACCUGCUGUCUGGCCAAGGCUUUGCUGGAGCCAAAAAGAAGGAAGGUCCCAGGACAAUAGCAGAGAUGAGAAAGGAGGAGAUGGCUAAAGAGAUGGACCCCGAGAAACUCAAGAUUCUGGACUGGAUCGAGGGGAAGGAGCGUAACAUCCGGGCCCUGCUGUCCACCAUGCACACGGUGCUGUGGGAGGGGGAGACCCGCUGGAAGCCUGUAGGCAUGGCUGACCUGGUGACCCCAGAGCAGGUCAAGAAGGUCUACCGUAAAGCUGUGCUGGUGGUCCAUCCAGACAAGGCCACUGGACAGCCCUAUGAACAAUAUGCCAAGAUGAUUUUUAUGGAACUGAAUGAUGCCUGGUCAGAAUUUGACAGCCAAGGACAAAAAGCACUCUACUAAGCUGAGACAGAGAGAGAGGGAGAGGGAGAGAGAGAAAGAGUUCCUGCCGACCCCCUGUGAUCAAUAAUCAAGCCCCCACCGGAUCUGACUCCCCCCCUCCUUCUCUUCUUGUCACUGUCCUGUGGACUCUACUCCAUAGAGACUUCAAUAUCCAGACUAACAGAAAGAUACCUGCCUACCAACCUACCUAUGUAUCUGGUGGCAGCACUGUCCAACUGUCCAACAAGAACUGUUCAACCCUGUCCUACAUGUCCGAGUCCUGAACCAAGCAAAGAGUCCUGAACCAAGCAAAGAGUCCUGAACCAAGCAAAGAGUCCUGAACCAAGCAAAGAGUCCUGAACCAAGCAAAGAGUCCUGAACCAAUUAAUGCAGAGUCAUCCAGCUGUCUAUGGAGACAUCACCAGAGUGAUACUGUCCACCUAACACCGGACAUGGGUGAUAAUGACAUACCUGUGGUCACAGUGUUGUUAGCCAGGUGCUAUAUAGAGCAAGACGAUGCCAAUGUUUUACACACAGUAGCAUUAACACAGUGUUCCUGUCAGUCACCUGUCAAGACGAUGACAAUGUUUUACACACAGUAGCAUUAACACAGUGUUCCUGUCAGUCACCUGUCAAGACGAUGACAAUGUUUUACACACAGUAGCAUUAACACAGUGUUCCUGUCAGUCACCUGUCAAGACGAUGACAAUGUUUUACACACAGUAGCAUUAACACAAUGUUCCUGUCAGUCACCUGUCAAGACGAUGACAAUAUUUUACACACAGUAGCAUUAACACAGUGUUCCUGUCACAGUCACCUGUGUGACUUUGAAGUGAAGAUCUGGAGCCAGUGUUGGGAGUGGAUGGCCUAUUCAAUUAGGCACUGUACCACUGACUGUAAGGUCUAUACACCACAGUGAUCUCAGAAAUACCAUGUCAAAGAAUUCAAUAUAGAGCAAUCUCACAGAGUUUCCACCUGAGUUGUCUAUCUUCAUGGAAAAGCUACUGUUAUCUAUGUUAUUUGAAUUACCAAUUUGGAUCAAUGUGCUUCCACAGAACUCCACAGGAGACUUCUAGGAGACAACAAGACAAUUGCAAGCCAAGGGUAUCAUGUUUACGUUCUGACAACAACCUAGAGACUCAACUUGACAUACAGUUAGUAGGUGAAGGUAGGCAGGAUAUUCGUUGUUGCACCACCCCCUUUACUACCUACGGUGGUUGGUUCUUGUGUUUUCUUGCCCUCAGUCUCAGAAAGGUGCAACAUGUCUUUAGCUAUAACACAGAGAGUAAACUCAGCUGCAGUCUAUUGCCAGUCUUAAAGCUGGAAUCCACAUUAGGUGAAACACCGCCACCGGUCGCCCCAGGCGCAUUUCUUAUUGGUUUUGUUUUGUUGAUGAAAAGAGGAGAGGAGUCUAGAGAGCGAGAUAUCCAGCAUCUAGCAUCUUGGUUUUUAAAAACUCUGCUGUUCUAUCGAGUGUGCAAUCAUGUCCGAGGGGGAAAAAAGCAGUGUUGGUUAUUUGAAGUAACGCCUUUGUAAUAUCGCAAACGGAUGUGGCAGUUUGACCGCUACGGAUUCCAGCUUUAAACAUACAGUACUCACUCUCAUCUUUACCGUCACUGGCUAGUGGGCAGCAGGUAGCCUUGCGGCUAAGCACGUUGUGCUAGUAACCGGAAGGUUGCUGGUUCGAAUCCCAGAGCUGACUAGGUAAAACAUCUGUUGAUGUGCUCUUGAGCAAGGCACUUAAACCUAAUUUCACCUGUAAAUGUAGUGUCUACAGUCUGAAGGAACCAGUGUGUAAAGGAUAUUAUCCAUAUCAGAGAAAGUAACCCAUAUCACACUGCUGUACUUAUCUAAGUACUUAACUGCUGAAGUUUCAUCAUCGUUACGUGCAGUUUUACUUCAUAUUAUGUUCAUUUAUUGACUCAUUUCAGAUGCUUCAGUCCCUCCUAAUGAAGAAUCUUUCAUUUUAUUGUGGGUAAUGUUUAGUAACAUGCAGGUGGUGUAUUGUCCUAUUCAUCCUUUGCUGUAUCCUCUAAAGCAUGUACUUUUAAAUCAUGACAAAUAUUUGAAGUGAAAUUCUGAUUGAUCAAAGGCAACUUGUCAUUGAUGAGGGCUUUUAUAUUUACAUUAGUUUGAAGCAUAUCUUUUUUGCAUGCACUGACUGGGCGAACUAGUGGAAGGACUACAAGACUGACUAUAUCUUUCUACACAUGGAGGCACAUCAUUCCAUAAUACAUUACUAUACUUGAGUGUAUUGGACCACUAUCAAGCUUGUGAGAUCCUAAUGUAGGCCCCCUCUAACCCUUAUCUUUGUAAAACAAUACAUUUGGUAGACUGGCACAUCUAUUUCAUCUGAUACAACCAUUUCCCUGUUUUAUCCCCUGCAUACUGAUGUUGUCAACCAGAGGAGUCGGGUGGGAUACGCUAUAGGAGGACCAGCCUACUCUGUUGUCAACCCUUUCCUCUGUGAAAAGGCCACACCUGAGUUGUGGACUAACGUGAGCACUGACUGACCUCUGACCAGUAUAGAACUAAAGAGACUGUCUGUCCACUGUAGGCUCUGCUUUCUCUGGUGAUUAUACCAAUGGCAGAAGCUGUGGCUGUGUAGUAUGUAUGUAUGUACUGUGUGUGUGUGUGUGAGAGAGAGAGAGAACCCCUAUAAGCUCCCUAGCUGACUGAAAUCUCUUGUCUAUCUGCUAACUUAAGGCAAUGUUAAAACGCUAACCUCUCUCUAUAUAGUGGAUGAGUGUUGUUGAAACUGUUGUACGUGAGGAUGUGAUACGAUUUGGAUACAACUACUGUAUGUGUUUGCUUGUCGGCUGUAAAAGUAUUACUACUAAAAAUGUAAACCGUUUCUGUCAGUGGAGGCUGCUGAGGGGAG